AUGGCUCCCACGGUCUGCAGCGCCUUGGACCGGGUGGAGGCGGAGGCCCAGGGGAGGGACCUGAGGGGCCCCUGCCCAGCCCCUUCACGUGCCGACCCCCAGCUCGGCCCCGCCUCGCCAUUUGCGCCCGCGGGGCUGAUAAAUGGCCCGUGCGCCACGCGCGCUCAGUCGGGCUCAGCUGCAGCUCAACUCGCCUGGGCGCUUCCCCCUUCCCGCCUCUCAGCUCUCCUAACGGUGGGGCCUCCACCCAUGGAGGAGGAGCGGACGUACCUGGAGCUCUACCUGGACCAGUGCGCCGCCCAGGAUGAUCUCGCUCCACCUGGGUCACCGCUGCUCAGCCCAGUUGUACCUGAUGAUGGGUACAUACCUAAUACAUCCAGUUCAGAGACUGUGUUUAAUUCACAUCUUCAAGAAGUCAAAGGAGCAUCUGGCCAUUUCUCAUCUGUGGAUCUUAGCUUCCUACCAGAUGAACUUACCCAAGAAAGUAAAGACCAGAGUGUUAUUAGAAGCAAGCAGGACAUCGAAGAAAAUUGUAAAACUCAAAGUCAGCAAAGUAGGUUGUCAUUACCCAGAGAACAGGACAUGGGUCUGGGGUUAAUCAGUGACAGCACUUUGUCAAAGUCCCAUUCACAAGCAUACCCUGGUGAUGCUGACUCAGUCCAGCCCUCUCCUGAGAAACCAAACUCCACGCCUCUGAUGUCCAUAACUCCCAUGACACCAGUGACCCCUGUUUCAGAAUGUUCUGGAAUUGUGCCUCAACUACAGAAUAUAGUUUCCACUGUAAACCUGGCCUGUAAAUUGGAUCUGAAGAAAAUAGCUUUACAUGCAAAAAAUGCAGAGUAUAACCCAAAGAGGUUUGCUGCUGUCAUAAUGAGGAUCCGAGAGCCCAGGACCACAGCCCUCAUAUUUAGCUCUGGGAAAAUGGUCUGCACGGGAGCCAAAAGUGAAGAGCAGUCUCGACUUGCUGCGAGGAAAUAUGCUCGUGUGGUGCAGAAGCUUGGGUUCCCGGCCAGAUUCCUCGAUUUUAAAAUACAGAACAUGGUUGGAAGCUGUGAUGUGAGAUUUCCCAUCAGGCUGGAAGGUUUGGUGUUAACCCAUCAGCAGUUCAGUAGUUAUGAACCUGAACUUUUUCCUGGCCUUAUUUAUAGAAUGGUAAAACCACGAAUUGUGUUGCUUAUCUUUGUAUCUGGAAAAGUUGUGUUGACAGGUGCCAAAGAACGUUCUGAGAUCUAUGAAGCAUUUGAAAACAUCUAUCCUAUUCUAAAGGGUUUUAAAAAAGCCUGA